AUGAACAAUGUACACCCAGGCACUACUAUUGACCGAAUAUUGCACGACAUGGAAGUAUUCAUUGCCCUUCAUGGGUCAUUGAGUUAUGAGGUCGAAAUUACUGAACUUGCCCCCAGCUCGGAAUCAGGAAAAGAAGGUUAUGAGGCGGAAGUCUUUGAUGAAUUGAUGUAUGGCCCGGUUAAAUGGUUCGAAUACGCCCAAGAUCAGGAGAAAGAAGAGGAGGCGGCGAUAAAACAGCGGAUACGGGAGACAUGGGUGCAGAAGUGGUAUGUAAAAGUGAAACAACGGGAUGCAGACGAGGAAGUUCUGGCUCCAUGGGCACGAGAAGGCAAAUUCAAGUACGAUUGA